CUUAGGCAGCCUAGCUCCAGUCUCAUCAGGCAACCCUCGUAAGUCAAGCGCCUGUGAACUUUGCCCUGUUGGUCACCAUUCUCUCUGUGGUACACCUGGUAUACCCUGGUCUGGGCUUAGGACUUCAUAUGGCCCGGAUAGUACAGGCUAAAGCAGGACUGUUCCAUUCUUAUGACUGGCUGUUAGACCUCUGUUAAUGCAUCCUGAGCUGUGAUUAGCUGUUUCAGCCCUGGUACAGGCUGAACACUGAUAGCAUAUUCUGAGGCCUAGAUUCUAGAGGCCUAGAUCUCUUUUGGAUCCUGAAUCUAUUGUCCUAACAUUAGCCAGCUCUCCAAUGGAUCCCAACAAACAUACUCAGUCUUAUUCCAACAAAAAUGGGCAAAAUCUUCUUUUGCUUUCUCCUUCUCCCUUCCCAGAAACCUGCCUGUAUCCCUGGACACAAUCCUUGGACACACAUCCUUGGCAAAGAAGCUGCUGUGGGCUGCCCUUAGCUCCUAUCACUUCUUACCUUUGCAGAGUGUUCCAAGAUUGAUGAUGUGGCCUUGUUGGUCUUUGGAAGGCUGUGUGCCUGGGCAGGCAUGGAGAUCUGGCCUCUGUGGGUGGGAGGGCAGGCCCUGGAGAGCUGGGGGUGGAACCUUCCUAUCUUAGAACAGUCUCAGUCUGGCUUGAGCCCUCAACCCAAGCCCAGGAUCCUUCAGCAUCCACUGUGAGUGUUGCUCAGUACGCGGCCCCUCUGAUCCCCACCUCAUUGUCUGAGGCUGAGAUGGACUGGUGACUAGGCCUCCGUUAAUGGAAGAAUCCCCAGGGGACAUUUGGUCCUAGGCCUUUUAAUACAAAGCCAUCUCUGUUUGCCCUGAAGAAGGGAACCCAGUGUGAGGGGUCAUGGUGUUUGUUGCUGGUGGGGUAGUGGGAGGAGGGAGUUCUCUGCCUAGUGGGAGAAGGGAGCAGAGAAAGCCUAGUGCCCUUAGUCUGGGUCUGUCCUUGCUGAGUCUGGCCCGGCACAGCAGGUUCAAGCUGAGUAGAGAAGGUCCCCAUGACCCUCAGAUUCCCAAAAACCUUGGAUUGGGUGACUUGGUCUUUUCAGAGAGGAAGGAGAUGGAGGUCUGGACCUCAGCAGAGAUCCUGGUAUCUUGAGAUGAGGGUACUGCUGGCCUAAGGCUUAGAUCAUUCUGAGACUGGGGGUGGGAUAGCUGGAAGCCUGUGGCCCCAUUGAAGUAGGUUCUGCGGCACUCCCACUGUUCCUAGUUGAACUUGGGUGAAGAGCAGGAAUGUGGUCAGACGGGGUCAGUGGGAGGGCUUGGGCCAGUAGAGCCAGGGUCCUUUGUCUAGGUUACUUGGUGUGAAGAAAGCCUUGACUUGGACCUUUAAAUUAUCAGGUAAGAAGAGACCUUAAUCCUAGUGUUUGAUCUUGGCAUAGUUCUAGGCCUCAGUCUCCCCUUCUGUGGAAUAGGAACAAUCACCUUUCCACCUCUGACCCUUCUGAGUGGUAUGAGGGUUGUGAAAAUGAGGUGGGCCAUCAAAACUCCCAUGUCCAGGCCAUGAAAAUCUCUAUUCUCCAGGCUCUUCAAGAGGUGCGCCUGCAGGACCAGUUUGCCAAGGCCAAGGGUAUUCCUAAGAGCUGACCUUGCCUGUCUCUGCUUUUCCUGCCCAUCUUCCUCUGCACCUCCUUCUCUUCUUUUCCUUUGUCCCCUAUGUCUUUUCUAUUAUUUCUACCCUGUCUCUUUCCUAUACCCUGUGGAUCCAGCUCUGGAAAAGGCCCCAUUUUCCUUGGCCCAGGUAUCCCAUCAGACCCUAAGUUGUGUUCCUUGCUUUGCCUGGGCACCACUCCCUACAGGAUGUUCUCUGCAGCCUCCCAGCCCUUGGACUCUGAUGGGACCGUGUUCCGGCUCCACUUCACGGCCAUGGUCUGGUGGGUCAUCACUUUCCCCGUGUUCGGCUUCUUCUUCUGCAUCAUCUGGUCCCUGGUGUUCCACUUUGAGUACACAGUGGCCACUGACUGUGGGGUGCCCAAUUACCUGCCAUCGGUGAGCUCGGCCAUCGGUGGGGAGGUGCCCCAGCGCUACGUGUGGCGCUUCUGCAUCGGCCUGCACUCCGCGCCCCGCUUCUUGGUGGCCUUCGCCUACUGGAACCACUACCUCAGCUGCGCCUCCCCGUGUCCCGGCUACCGCCCGCUUUGCCGCCUCAACUUUGGCCUCAACGUGGUGGAGAACCUCUCACUUCUAGCACUCACCUACGUCUCCUCUUCCGAGGACUUCACCAUCCACGAAAAUGCUUUCAUUGUGUUCAUCACCUCAUCCCUUGGUCACAUGCUCCUCACCUGUAUUCUCUGGCGGCUGACCAAGAAGCACACAGAUCGCAAGUCCUACAACUGGAAACAGCGGCUGUUCAUCAUCAACUUCGUCUCCUUCUUCACUGCACUGGCUGUCUACUUCCGGCACAACAUGUAUUGUGAGGCUGGAGUGUACACCAUCUUUGCCAUCCUGGAGUACACUGUUGUCCUAACCAACAUGGCGUUCCACAUGACAGCCUGGUGGGACUUCGGGAACAAGGAGCUGCUCAUUACCUCCCAACCUGAGGAAAAGCGAUUCUAAUUCCUUCUCUCCUGCUAGGGAGAGGUGGCCCACUGCCCAGAAACUACAAACAAGAUACUGCUCUGACCUUCCCUGCCUGUGUCCUCUCUGGGCCCUAUUGAAGCUUGGGGGGGGAAGGGUGAGGGGGGACAAGGGAGGAAGGGCCCAGGACAGGCUUUACCCAGCCCUGCUGGCUUCUUUUCCCCACCCCACUUGAAAGCACAGGAAACUUCCAACAGCAUCACCCUUAUGUGAGAGGCCCCAAGUAGCUGAGCUCCACCAUCUGGUGCUAAAAAAAAAAAAAAAAAAAGUCCUGGGGUUCAUAAUCAUCAUUGGUUCUUGGCCUUUGCGUAGCCACCUCUUGCUGAGGUCAGGGACCACUGAGCAGUGGCUGCUACCUGAAAACCACAGCCGUUCAUGGAGUCCUUCGCUUGAUUAACGUAACAGGUCUAAUGAUCCACUGUGUAUGUUGAAGCCUAUGGCCGCGGGCCCCUGCUAAGAUGUCCCAGGUGUUCUAGUACUGACUCCACCUCUGAUUUGGUGGGUGCCCUUCCCUAUCUGAGCCUCCGUGUGUCCUUGUGGACAGUGGCGGGUAGGUGGGCUGUAUGAUUUACAAGGGCUCUGACAGUCUGUUGUUCUGACACCAUCUUGUGGAGAUGGUGUUCUGUACCCAAACGAUGACUUGCUCCUGAAAAGGCAGUGGCACAGCAUGUAUUAUUUCCCUUCCCUUCUGAAAUCUCUUCCUUACCAACACUUCCUUAACAAAGGUAUGGAGUGGAGGGGUCAGAGGCAGAUUUCUUCCCCAAAUCCUGACCUCUUUUAGUUGUACAUUUUAUUUUAAAGGAAAAUAAAUUUUUUCUUUCCCAACA